GUGUGUAAAAGUAAAUGAAGAAUAAAGUAGCAAAUUAAAAGAAGAAAAAAAAAUUAAUUUUUUAUAUCAUUUUCUUGACGCACAACAACGCACGCGCCAGUGUACUUCCAAAUUGGAUACUAGAAAUAAAUAAAUAAAAAAAUAAAAAAAAGAAAAGAGAAAGAAGAAAAAAGAAGCUAACGAGAGAACGUUAUCGAUAAAACACUCGACUCAACCCUCGAGAUCUUUCUGGAGAGGGCUAAUUUUAAGAAAAGAUCCUUGAGAAAGUAAGCCUAAGAGCCGAGGUAUCCUCGUGAGAUGAUCAGUCAUGGGUUUGGUUAGAAGAACCACGAUACCCAACGUUAUUUUUUUACCACUACUUGUUCUUACAUUUUUAGGACAAUUGAUUGUACCUGUUAUCAGUCGUAUCAUUGUCCCAACGAGUAAUCCUUCGUCAUUUAUACGUACGACCAAAGCUGUCAAAUUGUCAUCGGGUAAUAUGGAAAUAAUCAAUGAGAUACAAUGUUCAAAUCGUGUGUUACGUUUAACGUGUAGAUCCUUAAGAGCAUUCAUUUUUGUAUUGGAAGCUGAAUAUCAACCAAAUCGUACGGAAUUUUGUGGAUAUCAAAGUCAUAUGUUAAUUUCGAAAAAAAACAAAUUUCAAUUGGGAAAUAAUAAACGGGUCAAGGAUACCAGACAAUUACGUGGAAAUUAUAUCAAAGACGAGGAGGAAGACGAACGUAAUCUUUUCGACGUUAGGGCUUCCUUCAACAGAAAAUGUUCCGGUCAACAUCAUUGUCGGUACAAUUUGAGCAACGACCACCCAGGAACGACUUAUUGGCAUCCAGCUGCUAUCAAAUUCAAAUACGCAUGUGUUCCUGAGAUAGCGGUUUGUAAAUAUUGCAACGUUGAAGUAAAAAUACCCAAAGGUGAGGAAGGAGGUUAUUUAAAAUCUCCAGGAUACCCACUCUAUUAUCCAGGAGGUUAUUCCUGUGGUUGGACCUUUAAAUCAUCACCGGGUGAAAGGAUAGUCCUUACUUUUCACGACCUAAAUAUUCGCAGCCCAGAAUCGAAUGGAACUUGUGUAGACGUAGUUAAAAUUCGAGAAAAUGGAAACACUUUGUUCGAACGUUGUGGUAUCGCAGCUGGCAUCACAAUAAUCUCUAAUUCAAACCUGGUGACCCUUGACCUGAUAGCCUCGACAAGACUUUAUCCUGCACGAGGAUUCCUUCUACAAUAUCAAGUGUUACGCUGUCCAAACGUUUCAGCACCAAACGGAAGUUAUAUAUCGAAUGAUACAGUGACGUCAAGAACAUUCUCGUGUAAAUCCGGCACCGUGUUUCCCGACACGAGGAAAGAGAAUAGAAUACUUGAGUGUAAGAACGGAAAAUGGAACGAGAGCAUCGAUAAGUUGCCUACUUGUGUUGAUAAUAAAAUCCGGAGAGAGCUUCUACAUCCUACGUCAGCGGUGAUUCUUAAAACGGAGAACGAGCAACAUCAUUUGUCGAGUCUGUCGGGUGACAACGUCGUUGGUGCGGGGGUGAGAAUUGGUAGGGGCGAAGGCGCAAUCGCAAACGAAAACAGCCAAAUUAUGGAUUCGGCGCAAUCUGCGAUGAUGAAGCAAGCGGACUACGUCGUAGAUGUUGUACUUCCAACCGUCCUGAUCGCUUUAUUGUUCGUUGGAAAUGCCAUCAUUGUCUACAUUAUAUUCCAGUAUAGAAAGAGAAAAAUUCCAACGACAGAGCAAGGAGAAGAGUUGGCCCUAAGAAAUACAGCGGAUGUUCCACAAGUGUGAUUCCAAAGGAAGAAGACUAAUUACCUUUAAUGUCAAUUGUCGUUUAAGCAAAAAGUUAAUCAAAGGCCUAGUUCGUAUAUAUGUAUAUAUAUACACUUUGAAAGAAUAAGAGGCGUCAUUUAAUAAAAUGAAACACUCAUUCUUUAUAUCUACGCAGAUGCUAAGAUGGUAUACGCCAUGGGAAACAUAAUACGUAUAAAUCCCUCUUCAAGAAUUUUAUUUUAAAAAAAUAAGAAAUAAGAACAGGAAAGAUACAAAAUAAAUGAAUAAAUAAAUUAAUUAAAAAUACUAAUAAAUUUAACGUUGCAUACAUGUAUACUGUGAACAUUAAUUAGUACAUAUAUAUAUACAUAUACGUUAUUGUAUGUGUAAACGAGUAGGAUGUACUGCUGCCAUGACAUUGCGUAUACUUUUAACGAUAGUGCAUUAUAAUGUAAAGAGAAAUAAUAUAUUCUAUAUUUCGUCCAAAUUGUGAAUAACUUAUAAAUAAAAA